UCGUGAUUGGGACAGCUUCCACGCGGCGAAGGCGUGCACUUCAUUCGCUACUACAACGUUCUACACCUGAAUGGUCCAAGGCUAUGGCGAAGGCUAACGACACUGGGAAGUGUUCAACGACCAAGAGCCAAAAACAUUCGAAGAAGCGAGGCACGCAUGGUUCGACAACGUCAAAAGUGUCCGCGAAAGACGACGUUAUGGAAGCCACUAAAGAAGGCUUGCCGUCCAGGGCCUCCGACGUGAAGCAUUCGACAUCGAAAGAGGUACACAAGCCGAGCCACACCCACACCUCUAAGAAGCAUUCUCCCGAUGCUGAAAAGAAACCCAACAUAGAAGUGAAGGAAAAUGAACCGGCCAAGUCAUCCACUAAAGGUGCUACGAAGGUUAGAGCGACCAGCUUUGCAGCGCCUCCAGAACCAUCCCCACCUGCUGAUCUCGGUGACACACUGAUCUCGGCAAGUACGGUCGGCGAUGCCAAGAUGUCGCCACGUUCCCAAUACGUCGCCAAGCAGGUCAGGAGGAUGACAAGUGCAUCGAUACACGUGCCCGCGAAGCUUGAGGAGGCUAUCCCUGGACAAGUCGGUCGUAAACAACCAUCGCCGGACAUUCCAGAACAACCUCUACCUGGAGGAGUGGAGGCAAGAAAGACUUCAUCGGCAGUCGCAUACGACAAGGGAAAGCGAAAGUCGACGACUGUCCACACGGAAUUGGAUAGUGAGGGAAGAAAGACUUCAGCCUCCAUCAGAGACAAACUCAGCCCAAAGCCUCGACGCAUUUCAGUGCCCAUCCUCUUGUGCAUCGUCGUUUCUCUCUCCGUCGUUGGAGUGGUACUCUUCUUCGCCAUUCGUCAUUACGUUGACCCGGUGCUCAUUAUAGAGUGCACGUCUGCAAAGUGCAAACAAAUCCAGAGCGACACCGACCACCUACUCGACACCAGCGUCAACCCUUGCAAAGACAUUUACGGCUAUGUAUGUGGUAAAUGGGCCAAAGCUAACAAAGGCGGUUUCUUGAUAGAUGCUCAACGUGCUUUCGACAGUUCCAUCUUUAGAUCCAUCGAAUCCAGCACCGGUGUUCAACCCGACCGAUACGGUACGCACGUCUUAGUGAAGAUCUACACAGCAUGCCUGGACCACAUGCGUUCACCCAAAAUGAAGUUCGGACAAGUCCUAGCGCAAGUAAUCAACGAGCUGAAGCUGGACGAACUAUUACAAGCCGAGACAACUCCGCAAAUACUGAAGAGCCUUCUUGAAAUUGGACUCAAGACGGGUAUUUUUUCGAUCUUCACAGUGGGAUUUCAUAAAGUAGGCUUACAAACCUGCUUGCGUCUGGCGCCAGGAACUUCCAUUGCAGGAAAAAUAUAUUCCGGCUAUAACGACUACCUUCCAGAAUAUGCGUUGACUGGCAUGGGUCAUUUAACGAAAGACUUCGCAGAAACGGUGUUGAAGCAAGCUGGCAUGAGCGCAACAUCUACGGAAGCCGUUACCAAAGAAGUGGCAAUAAUGGACGAAGCAAUUUAUCAGCUCCUAUUGCAACGCACACGGGUGACCAAGGAUUUAUUUCGCAAUCUCGUUGGCUUAUUUGAGGGCACCGAUCCUCAAAUGGUGUUAGGUCUCAUCAACAGCAUCGUACCGACACAGCUGAGAUUGCAAAUCGACGACAGCGUCCGCAUAGUUGGGUUUGAUGUCAUCAAAGCUGUGUACAGAGUGCUGGAGAAUACAACGUCACCUGUAGGAGCCAUAGAAGUUAGGAAAGCUUAUUACGCCAUCAACCUCCUUGCUGGCGUACUAAGAUACGACCUCCUUCGUAGAAUAGUUAAUGCAGAUAUGUACAGCUUCAUCUGUUUGCGUGCAACGAGCGGCAUUCUGACCCGUACGUUGCCGUACCUUCUGGCCAAAUUAUCUGGACAUGAUGGAAGCUCAUCUGCGGCUCGACGUUUCGCGGAUUCCAUCAGACGCAGCUUCUUGAAAGACAGCCGAGUGCUGUCUAUGUUCAACAACUUCGCGGCUGAGGAAGCGAGAAAGAAAAUCGGGAAAGUAAAAAUAUAUACGUACGACGAAGCGGAUUUGGCCUCUGACAUGGAAAAAGAAAUCGAUUACACCAAUUGGAACCUGACGGGGAACUUUAUUUCGAUUAGGAUUAACGCUAGAGUGAAAGAAGUGAAAAUGCUACUAAAAACAGUCUACAACGAGCGCGUGGAUACACUUCGCAGGAGCCAAUUGUCUUCCAUCGUGGAGCACACUCGACGCGACUUGUUCACGUUACCCUUGUUUACGGUACCAACUGCCUACCAGGUUCCGCCGAUCUAUUACGGAGAUGAAAUCCCGUUUUACUUUAACUUCGCCACACUCGGAGUCCUGAUCGCAAAUGAGUUACUUCAUUCAGCAUCUGGGGGUCUUCGAAGAUUCGGUCAACAGCGUCUGUUCCUUUCGGCUUCUUGUCUGAGAAAUCUCACCUUGGACCGGGAACUGGAUGUGGGUGCUAUUGAGAAUGCUAAUCCGUUUGACAGCGAAGCAUUUGUUUGGACGUACGGAGCGAGCAUCAUUUUCUACAUCAUUCGGUCGACGGUAGAAUCUCUGGGCGAAUCUGCGAUGAAAAAAUACUGGAACACAGUUCGCCAGUACUUUUUUAUUCGCUUCUGUCUGCUCUCCUGCGUGUCUAGGGAUGUUUAUGGAUACAACAUGGUCUUCAACGAGCGAUGUGUCCUUCCACUUCUAGUCAACCCCGAGUUUACGAAGCAUUUCGGUUGCCCAUCGAAGCCAACUUCUGCUGAUACUGCUUGCGUGGGUUUGGUGUGAUGCCUCAGUUCAUCAGAUUGACAUUACUCUGUUUCUUCGUAUGUUUCCGUCAGUAGUCUGAGAACGAGCGAAUGCAAGGAAUAGUGGAUAUAUGCACGAAUGUGGAAUAUUGGGAGAUAAAUGGUCAAUGUCCCCU